GAUCCCGGCGCAGAAUCACAUCAUCGACUUCGGUGUGGUGCGCCCCGACUGGCCCGGAAUAUGCUGCACGUGCUUUGUGGGAAAGUUGGCAGUGAAUGACCAGAACGAGGCAGCCAUCGUAGCUGCGGGUGGCAUUCCUCCGCUGAUAGCACUGGUCACAAGUGGCAGCGAUUCUGCCAAGGAAAAUGCUGUAUACGCUUUGGCAAACUUGGCAUGGAAUGAUGAGAACAAGGCAGCCAUUGCAGCUGCGGGUGGCAUUCCUCCGCUGGUAGCACUGAUCACAAGUGGCAGCGAUUCUGCCAAGAAAUAUGCUGCAGGUGCUUUGGCAAACUUGACAGGGAAUAGCCAGAACGAGGCAGCCAUCGCAGCUGCGGGUGGCAUUCCUCCGCUGGUAGCUCUGAUCACACGUGGCAGCGAUUCUGCCAAGGAACACGCUGCACGUGCUUUGCGAAACUUGGCAGUGAAUGACCAGAACGGGGCAGCCAUCGCAGCUGCGGGUGGCAUUCCUCCGCUGGUAGCUCUGAUCACAAGUGGCAGCGAUUCUGCCAAGGAACACGCUGCACGUGCUUUGGGAAACUUGGCAGUGAAUGACCAGAACAGGGCAGCCAUCGUAGCUGCGGGUGGCAUUCCUCCGCUGGUAGCUCUGAUCACAAGUGGCAGCGAUUCUGCCAAGGAACGCGCUGCAGGUGCAGCCAUCGCAGCUGCGGGUGGCAUUCCUCCGCUGGUAACUCUGAUCACAAGUGGCAGCGAUUCUGCCAAGGUAUAUGCUGCAGCUGCUUUGGGGAACUUGGCAAGAACUGACCAGAACAGGGCAGCCAUCGUAUAUGCUGCAGCUGCUUUGGGGAACUUGGCAAGAACUGACCAGAACAGGGCAGCCAUCGCAGCUGCGGGUGGCAUUCCUCCGCUGAUAGCACUGGUCACAAGUGGCAGCGAUUCUGCCAAGGAAAAUGCUGCACUUGCUUUGGGAAGCUUGGCAACAAAUGACCAGAACAGGGCAGCCAUCAUGGCAGCCGGCGGAGUCCAAGCUAUUCAGGAGAUGGCCAAAGAUGGCAAGAUGCUGGUGCACCGACAGGUGGCGCAGGAAGCUCUGAAGCAUUUUCCCCGCGAGUCCGACUCUGCAGAGGGCGGCGAUCCGGCGACAAAGCCGAGCACUAUUGUCUCCGCGGAGAAGCUUCGGGGUGAGAUCAGGACGCUGGAAUCUGGAAACGAAGAGCUGAAGGCCAAAGCAGCUGAGAAGCUCGGAACUUGGGCAGCCGUUUCGGAUGAGAACAGAGUCGCCAUCAGCAGAGAAGGUGGAGCUGAGGCAUUGGUGGCUUUGCUGGUGACUGGCAGCGAUGAUGCCAAAUGGCAUGCUGCCAGGGCCUUACGAAAUCUCGCAAAUAAUUUUGAGGCCAAGGACGUCAUCCUGAAGGCCGGUGGGAUUGCCACAUUGGAGCCUCUUGUGAGGCACGGGAAAGGGAAGGUGAAAGAGGCUGCGGAUGAGGCUUUGAAAAUUCUGUCUCAAAAGCAGGAAACCAAGUCCAUCCAGGCUACAGGACACGGAAAGAUUGCAGAAGCAGGAGACAAAAUUCCAACUGGGGAAGGCGCUCGGGUGGCCAUGUUUUCUGCCAGAUUCGAUGGAGGCCCGAUUGAACAGAAAAUCCGCAAAGUGUUCCAGAUUCUUUGCGCCCGAAAGUAUGAUAUCCUGAUGGUGACUGCAGAUGCUGGCCAAAGCUUCGGGGAUUUGACCACCAAAUACCUGGGGCGGCUGCGCAAAGAAAAUGGCACCAUGAUUGCUGUGUGUACCAAGCACUACGGCGAGAUGACUGCUUCUGCUUAUUCCUCCCACAAGGAGCUGAAGUUUGCUCUGGAUUACGAGAAGUUUGUGACAGUGUUGCCGCUGAGGGUGGAUGACACGUACCCGCCAGAGCCACCAGGUAACACGGCUCGCUGGGAGUUUAGCCUUAUUCUGGAAGUGGGCGAUCAAGAAUUCCUUGCAGAGGUGUGGCAUGAUGCGAUGGUAAAAGGAGACGGAAGCUCGGAUGGAUCAGUUGAUCCUUUUGAGUCGGACAAACUCACUGCCAAAGCAUCUCGCAUGGUCCCGUGGCACAGCUUGGUGUCGGCCAGUCGCGCGAGUGAGGAGGACUUGGAGCCGGAUGCAGUGCCGGAGGCAGUGCCAGAGGCCGAUGGGUAUGGCUUUGCAUGUUCGCGAGGUGAAUUGGCAGAUCUCCAAUUAGCCUCGCUGCUGAGCAUCGACUUCAGCCCCUGGCAGCAGAAAUAUGCGGUGCAGAUGGACAGCCCUUGGGCCUUUGGGAAACCUGGGAACAGUGGACGUCUCCUUCAAACAGGCCAUCCUGGUGGCCCUGCGGACGCUCCCUCCACCCGUGGGAUCAGCUUCACCCAGCCAGGCGCUACGGCAGCAGGAGCCGAGGCAGUGGAGGACGACAAGGGCGCGGUGAUCGCGGAGAUUCUCAAGGCGACGGCGUGGCCACGGCCGUCGCUGCCGGCCACGGAGCAGUUCAUCCGCUUCUCGCCCUUGCCGCUUGGCGCUGGGAAUUUGAGGAAGACGCUCCCAGCGCGGCUCAGCCUUUCGGGGCUUGGCUUCCGGAGAGUUCUGGCCUGCUCCACCCUGCCACGGGGUACCAUCAGCUUGCCACCGGGACUGACGGACUUCAACCUCAGCAUCACAUUGCACGACUUCUUCCUGGGUCUUCCAGUGUCGGCCUCUUCAGUGGCUGACCGCAAGCUCUGGACCGUCUUCGAGCCCUUGGCGGGAGCCAACGAGGCAUCCUGCACCAAGAGUUGCGAGGAGAACUUGGAUUGCUUGACCUCCUUUCCAGGAUAUCAUGGAUGUUUUGAGGCUUACAACAACCACAGCCACCACGAAGCAACUGCUGCCUCCAGUGGUAUAGCCUUGGCGGCCGGGAAUCGCACGCUGCGGGGGCAGCUGGCAGGGUGCAGGUUGCUGACCCCCAACGUCUCCAAUGGCAUCGAAUCCAGUGUUGCUUCCUGCACGGCACCGACGCUGGUACGCUUUCUAGAGAUCACGCUCCGGAUCCCAGCGCGGAAUCGCAUCGACUUCGGCGUGGUGCUCCCCGACUGGCUCGAAGCCAGUGAUCGUGAGAAGGAGGAGGCUGCAAAAAUUUUGGCAAACUUGGCAGUGAAUGAUGAGAACAAAGCAGCCAUUGCAGCUGCCGGUGGCAUUCCUCCGCUGGUGGCACUGGUUACCCGUGGCAGCGAUUCUGCCAAGAAAUAUGCUGCACGUGCUUUGGGAAACUUGGCAAGCAAUAAUGACCAGAACAAGGCAGCCAUCGCAGCUGCUGGUGGCAUUCCUCCGCUGGUAGCGCUUGUCACAAGUGGCAACGAUUCUGCCAAGGAAUAUGCUGCAGCUGCUUUGGGAAACUUGGCAACGAAUGACCAGAACAAGGCAGCCAUCGCAGCUGCCGGUGGCAUUCCUCCGCUGGUAGCGCUGGUCACAAGUGGCAGCGACUCUGCGAAGCAAGAUGCUGCACGUGCUUUGGGAAAGUUGGCAACAAGAAUUGACCAGAACAAGGCAACCAUCGCAGCUGCGGGUGGCAUUCCUCCGCUGGUAGCCCUGGUCACAAGUGGCAGCGACUCUGCGAAGCAAGAUGCUGCACGUGCUUUGGCAAACUUGGCAACGAAUGACCAGAACGAGGCAGCCAUCGUAGCUGCGGGUGGCAUCCCUCCGCUGGUGGCACUGGUCACAAGUGGCAGCGAUUCUGCGAAGCAAGAUGCUGCACGUGCUUUGAGAAACUUGGCAACGAAUGACCAGAACGAGGCAGCCAUCGCAGCUGCCGGUGGCAUUCCUCCGCUGGUAGCCCUGGUCACAAGUGGCAGCGAUUCUGCGAAGCAAGAUGCUGCACGUGUUUUGGGAAACUUGGCAUCGAAUGACCAGAACGAGGCAGCCAUCGCAGCUGCGGGUGGCAUUCCUCCGCUGGUUGCACUGGUCACAUGUGGCAGCGAUUCUGCCAAGGCACAUGCUGCACGUGCUUUGGGAAACUUGGCAUCGAAGAAUGACCAGAACAAGGCAGCCAUCGCAGCUGCGGGUGGCAUUCCUCCGCUGGUAGCACUGGUCACAAGUGGCAGCGAUUCUGCCAAGGAAUAUGCUGCACGUGCCUUGGGAAACUUGGCAUCGAAGAAUGACCAGAACAAGGCAGCCAUCAUGGCAGCCGGCGGAGUCCAAGCUCUUCAGGAGAUGGCCAAAGAUGGCAAGGUGCUGGUGCACCGACAGAUGGCGCAGGGAGCUCUGAAGCAUUUACCCCGCGAGUCCGACUCUGCAGAAGGCGGCACCAAGCUUGGCAGCGAUCCGGCGACAAAGCCGAGCACUAUUGUCUCCGCGGAGAAGCUUCGGGGUGAGAUCAGGACGCUGGAAUCUGGAAACCAAGAGCUGAAGGCCAAAGCAGCCGAGCAGCUCGGAACUUGGGCAGCCGUUUCGGAUGAGAAUAGAGUGGCCAUCAGCAGAGAAGGUGGAGCUGAGGCAUUGGUGGCUUUACUGGUGACCGGCAGCGAUGAUGCCAAAUGGCAUGCUGCCAGGGCCUUACGAAAUCUCGCAAACAAUUGUGAGGCCAAGGAGGUCAUCUUGAAGGCCGGUGGGAUUGCCACAUUGGAGCCUGUUGUGAGGCACGGGAAAGGGAAGGUAAAAGAGGCUGCGGAUGAGGCUUUGAAACUUCUGUCUCAAAAGCAGGAAACCAAGUCCAUCCAGGCUACAGGACACGGAAGGAAAAUCCGCAAAGUGUUCCAGAUUCUAUGUGACCGAAAAUAUGAUAUCCUCAUGGUGGCUGCAGAUGCUGGCCAAAGCUUCGGGGAUUUGACCACCAAAUACCUGGGGCGGCUGCACAAAGAAAACGGCACCAUGAUUGCUGUGUGUACCGAGCACUACGGCGAGAUGACUGCUUCUGCUUAUUCCUCCCACAAGGAGCUGAAGUUUGCCCUGGAUUACGAGAAAUUUGUGACAGUCUUGCCGCUCAGGGUGGAUGACACGUACCCACCAGAGCCACCAGGUGGGCCCGGUCACGCGUAUGACAAAGAGUACCUUGCUCGAGGAUAUAUUCUGAGUGUCUUCAAGCCGAGCGUUGUGUUCCUGGAAUGCCGGGAAAAAUCGGAAAUAGAAAUCGCCGCACAAAUUGCCAAUGUCCUCCAAAGGCACAAAGUGGGCAAGGACGGCUCAAGUUGA